CCUGGACGUCGCGCGCGCCUGGCAGUCUUCUCAUGAACGUCCUUACUUUUGUGCUGGCCCCUGGAAGAGAGCGGAAGUGGCCGCGUGGAAGCAGACCGCCAGGGCGUAGUUGGUUCAUUGUGCAUCUUUUCUGAGCCACGCCGAUGCGAUGCUUGACAUGGUCAAGGCCUUUGAACGGGUCUCCUAGCACUGGUUGGCGAAGCAGGGCGCGCGGUACCGAUACCCUAUGGCCGUCCUGAGGCUCAGCAUCGCCGCAUACCGCCUGGCCAGAUGCAUCGCAACUCAUGGCGUCUGCUCGGUGCUGCUGUUGGCCACGCGCGGGAUCAUGGUGGGAUCCGUGCACGCCACCAUCGAACUCGGGCUGCUCCGGCGUGCUGUGAUCACCGUAUACGUCGACAACACGUCUUUCGAGGCCUCUGUAUCGGAACAGAUGGUCUGCGACACCGUGGUCGGCGCGGCAAGGCACUUCACCGAGAGCCUCGUGAAGGUCGGCAUGGUGUUCAGCCCCACGAAAAACAUGGUGUUCGCCUCGCGACGGGAGUUGGCCGUCCGCAUCGUCAGCCAGCAUCGCGGGCUGAGGCUCAAGGUCGUUGACAUGGCCAAGUCGCUGGGGGGUGCCAUCUCUUCUGGGCGCUUCCGGAACGCGGCCCUGCUGACCAAGCGGCUUCAGGCAUUCAAUGCGCGCAAGCCACAGUUCCAGAAAUUGCGCCGGUGGGUCGGGGCCCAGAGAACGGCCGCCGUACUCCAGACUGGAGGGGCAGUUGCCCUCGUGCACGGGCACGCCAAUACGGGCGUCGCGAACUCCACGCUCCAGGCACAGAGCGCCGCCGUCGCGGCAGCCUCGGUGCCGUGCGGCAGCGGCGAGUUGGACAUGACUUUGAUCCUCGCCGACGGCUCCAUGCGCAGCAAGGCACCGUCUUGUGCCGAGGCGCGCGCCGACCGGGGCCAGCACGUCGAUUUUGCCAUGGAUUCGCUGGCCAUGGCCCACCCUUUUGUGCAGCAGUCUAUCUGGCACGGGCUUUUCAUGCAGCCCAUUUUCAAGCUCCGCAGCGGGAAGGACGGCGGGAACUGGGGCCCCGCCGAGAAGAGCGCCCUCCGGUCAGCCCGCCAGCGCAUGGACCCCGAGGGCGUGCUCUCGCUGAGCUCGCCUGAUCUUGAUCUGCCCACCAGAGGCACUGCACCGUCUUCGGCCUCCUCGGUUGACCCGCCGCCAGAGCAGGAGACGUUCGAGUGGGUGGUCCCGCAUGGCCCGCUGGCUGCGCAGGUCGACGAGCACGUGGACGGCCCCAGAGUGGAUGGGGAAGCCGACCUGCAUGUUGGCAUUCACGCCGCGGAACUGUUGUUGAAGGCCGUCCAGUCCAUUGACCCCGCUGCUCACCUGAAAGUGGACUGUUCCGCGGUGCAGCUCGGGGCGCAGAGAGACUUGCGGUGGGCCACCGUUCCCGGCCAGGCCUUUGCCAGAGCGUGGGGGCCCAUCUUGGUUCCUCUCGAGUCGAACCCAGACUGGGUCAUGCGGACGCAAGCUCAAAACACUGUCACGAACGAUGUCAGCAAGAAGAUGAGCAACGGCCGGCUGGCGCAGGCCAGCGACGUCGCCGGCAACGACCUCGUCGACGACUUGGCGAAGCAGGCCGCUCGCCGCGAUGCGGUGCCCCAGGCCCAGGUGCAGCUGGUCCGCGCGGCUGCCGCACGCCUCCGCGAUGCCGCCGCUUG